GCGCAAACCACAUUGAACUGUCCAACUUCAGUUGCGGUUUACAAAAUUUACUUCAUCUGAUUUCCUGCAAUUUUCUACGCAGCUGUCUUCGUACAUUCGCUUGAGCAAAAAGGUGCCGCGGCGAGCAUGGUCAUCUGAUUUUGACCCGCAGAACCUGCCAACGGGUCCCAAAUGCCGAGUCCGAGAUUUCCAAGGCGAUGGCUGUCGUAUAUAAUGUGCUGGCGCUCGUUCGUCUCCUGCUGACCAGUCGACCAUUCUCUCCUUUGCUCUCAGCUCCUCUCCGGAUACUCGCGCGAUACCCUAUAAACCUCUGUGCCUGUCAGAACCCUGCAAAAUGAGCGAGAUCUAUGGACCUGGAGAGCUUGCGCAGAUUCCGGACGACUUGACGAUCGUGCAGUUCAUGCAAGACUAUGAGCAUCCCAAUAGGCCGGUCAAGAGGAAUGAGACGACGUGGUUCAUUGAGGACGACACGGGAAGGAAGGUUGGGUUCGAGGAGAUCAAGCCGCACACGGACGCGCUUGCGAACUCGUUGCACGAAAAGUGGAAGCUAGGCGAAGACGAAGUCGUCUGCAUAUGCAGCCCCAAUCAUGUUGACUACCCCAUCGUGAUGUGGGCCUCCUUCCGCCUAGGAGCAAUCAUUACUGCCGCCAACCCCGCCUACACCGUCGAGGAACUCGUCUACCAGCUCCGCAUGACCCAGGCCAAGCUACUCAUUGUGCAUCCCGCCAAUCUCCCUAUCGCGCUUUCCGCAGCCAAAUCCGUCGGCCUGCCUGACGACCACAUCAUUCUGCUCGAGCCUGCCCCGGCUGGGCUCCUUGAGGCAAAGGGUCACGUGACGAUACCGCAGCUGGUGCAGGAGGGCGCGAGGCUGCCGAAGAACUUUGUGGAGAGGAAGCUUAGACCAGGAGAGGGAAAGACCAAGUUGGCAUUCUUGAGCUUCUCCAGUGGGACGACCGGUUUGCCUAAGGCUGUGAAGAUCCCGCACUAUAGUCUCAUCGCGAACGUCAUUCAGAUAUCGUCUUACAACAAUGCGGACACAGCGCCAUGGGAAAAGAAGAAGUUCCGGAAAGGAGAUGUCGGGAUUGCUGUACUUCCGUUCUACCACAUCUACGGCCAAGUCAUCAUCAUGCACUUCCAGGUCUUCUACGGAAUCUCUGUCGUUGUCGUUACAAAGUUCGACUUCCUCAAGAUGCUCGACAGCAUCCAGCGGCAUCGCAUCAACUUCCUUGCCUUCGUCCCGCCGAUGAUUGUCGCACUCUGCAAGCACCCGGCAACGAAGAAGUACGAUCUGAGCAGCAUACGCAUGAUCGCGAGCGGCGCGGCCCCUCUGUCCGGUGAGCUCAUGCUGCAAGUGAGCAAGCUCUAUCCGCAAGUCAUGAUCGGCCAGGGAUACGGCAUGACGGAGACGAGCACGGCGAUCUCGUUUCCCCAGCUCGAGCAGCAGGUCGGCACCCCCGGAAGCGCCGGGAGGCUUCUCCCUGGCGUCGUGGUGCGGGUGGUGCGCGAGGAUGGCUCGCUCGCGCCGAUCGGCCAGACGGGCGAGCUGGUCGUGAAGAGCCCGUCAAACGCGUUGGGUUAUCUUAACAAUGAGGCAGCGACGAAGGAUACCUUCAGGGACGGCUGGGUCCAUACUGGUGAUGAGGUCUAUGUCAACAAGAAAAGCGAGCUGUUUGUCGUCGACCGAAUCAAGGACCUCAUCAAGGUCAAGGGCUUUCAAGUGGCACCGCCGGAGCUCGAGGGCCACCUGCUCGAGCUGUCCGACGUGUCCGACGUCUGCAUCGUGGGCCUGCCGGACGACUACAGCGGCGAGGUCCCGCUCGCAUUCGUCGUGCCUAGCGCGCAAGCCGCAGAGCGCAUGAAGAAGGACCCGGCAGAGGCGGCGAAGAUCAAGGCUGCCAUCAUCAAGCACGUUGCGGACAAUAAGGUGCACUUCAAACGGCUGACCGGCGGUGUGGAGUUCAUCGAUGCUGUCCCGCGCAACCCGAGUGGCAAGCUAUUGCGACGUGUCCUGCGGGAGAAGGCGAGGGAGAUGAGGGCAAAGGGCGAGGUGACCGUCAAGGCCAAGCUCUAAAUAUUAUCUCUAGGCAGUAUCGUGGAUAUCAUAUCAUUUAUAUACGAUUAUAUAGACGUUGGCAUUUCGCUGCGGCAUCUGGUUGGUCG